AUGAAGAACUGUUCUGUGAAACCAGUCUCAGUUGUACUGGGUGCACAGUGGGGUGAUGAAGGAAAAGGAAAGUUAGUAGAUUACUUAUGUGAAUCUGCUACUGUGGCAUGCAGAUGUCAAGGCGGAAAUAAUGCAGGUCAUACUGUAGUUGCUGGCGGAAAGGAAUACUUCUUUCACCUUUUACCCAGUGGUAUAGCGAACCCCAAUGUUUUGGCUAUUGUUGGUAACGGCGUCGUUGUUAAUUUGCAAGGCCUUUUCCAAGAAAUUGAAGAGGCUAGUACAAAAGGCUUGCCAGACGUGGCUUCUCGUCUACGUAUAUCUGACAGAUGCCACUUAGUAUUUGAUAUACAUCUGGAGGCGGAUCGUAUGGAGGAGGAAUUAAGAGGGGCCAAUCUUAUUGGUACUACAAAGAAGGGAAUCGGUCCAGCAUAUUCUUCAAAGAUUACUCGUAAUGGCUUGCGUGUUGGCGAUUUAAUUGGAGAUUGGGAUCGUUUUACAGCAAAAUACAAAGAGCUUGUUGCUUAUUUUAAAAGACGUUACUGUAGUCUUGAUGUCAAUGUCGAAGAAUCAUUAGAGCAACUGAAGACUUAUCGCCAAAAGUUAUCAGGAAUGGUGUGUGAUACUGUGUCUCUAAUUAACAAGCUUGCAACCACUCAAGAAGCCAACAUCGUAGUAGAAGGUGCCCAGUCGUGCAUGCUAGACAUUGACUUUGGCACAUAUCCGCAUGUUACUUCGUCGAAUUGUAGUAUUGGAGGUGUGUGCACCGGCUUAGGACUUCCUCCUUCUCGCAUUGGUCCGGUCUAUGGUGUUAUUAAAGCAUAUACAACUCGCGUCGGCUCUGGUGCGUUUCCUACAGAGUUACUGGAUGGUAUUGGUGAAUCCAUUCAAAAGAAGGGCCAUGAAUGGGGUGUAACAACUAAGCGGAUGCGUCGUAUUGGUUGGUUGGAUAUAGUGGUUGUACGAUAUGCCCACAUGAUUAACGAUUUUACUGCAUUGGCUUUAACUAAACUGGACGUUUUGGAUGAUUUAGAAGAGGUGAAAAUUGGUCGUGCAUAUAUUGAUCCUGAAAGUGGAAAAGAGCUAAGCGAAUUUCCAUCUGAUUCAGCAGUUCUUAAUCGUGUUGUUGUAGUGUAUGAAACUCUUCCUGGUUGGAAAACAUCUACACAUGAUUGUCGGAAUUAUGAUGAACUACCAACAGCGGCCAGAGUAUUCAUUGAAACAGUUGAAAAGUUGAUUAAUAUACCUAUACGAUGGAUUGGAACAGGUGCUUCUCGGGACGCAACUAUCAUUCGAUCUGUUUAA